CAGAGCAAGUCCCAUGCUGGGACUGCCAAAAAAAUCACCAAAAAACAAAAUUGACCCUCAAUUUCCUCCCUCCAAACAAAAGAGAAGCCACCCACCCAAAACUUUUUUUAAAAGCAGCACUUUACCGCUCUGAAGCCUCCUCAGCCUCCCAGGCUUCUACCGCCACUGUGACCGCCGUAGCCGGGAGGCUUGAGCUUGGCCGGGGUGCUUCGGGUGCUCGCUCCCCGCUUGCUCCUUGCUGCCCUCUGUGGGCCGAUGGUGGGAAAUUCAAAUGACCUCCCAGCCGGGCUCUGACUCCCGGCGCUGGGUCCAUUCCCGCUGCUUGCUGAGGGUGGUGAGGAGUGGCGAGGACUGAGGUGGCUUUCCCAGCGAGCAGCUGCUGGUUUCGGAGCUGGAGCCGGUGUCAGGCAUCAGCAGCAGCAGCGGUUCGCAGAGGGCAGCGAGGAGCAAACGGGAGGUGAGCUGGGAGGCGAGAAGCCGAAGCACCCCAGCCAGGCAUCACUCCUGAUGCUGUUCCACCGCUGCUUCCACCACAGCCGGGAGGCGAGCGGCUGAAGCACCCUGGCUAGAUUCAAGCCUCCUAACCCUGGGCCAUCACUCCCGACACUGGACUGCCACCACAUCCCUUUCCCAAACCGUUGGGGUGAAAGAGCUACAAAGAAGCAGCCUCUUUGCUACGGAAUGCCCAAAGAAAAGUACGAUCCACCUGAUCCACGGAGGAUGUACACAAUUAUGUCCUCAGAGGAAGCAGCAAAUGGGAAAAAAUCACACUGGGCAGAGUUGGAAAUAAGCGGGAAAGUUAGAAGCCUCAGCUCAUCUUUGUGGUCACUGACCCAUUUGACAGCUUUGCAUCUCAGUGACAACUCCUUAUCCCGUAUUCCUUCAGACAUUGCCAAGCUUCACAAUCUUGUAUAUUUGGACUUGUCAUCUAAUAAAAUCCGCAGUUUACCAGCAGAGCUCGGAAACAUGGUGUCACUCAGGGAACUCCAUUUAAAUAACAACCUGUUACGAGUUCUACCAUUUGAGCUGGGAAAACUGUUUCAGUUACAGACACUGGGUUUGAAAGGAAACCCACUUACACAAGAUAUUCUGAAUCUCUACCAGGAACCAGAUGGAACAAGAAGGCUACUGAAUUAUUUGCUAGAUAACCUGGCAGGUACUGCAAAAAGAAUUUCAACAGAACAGCCACCUCCAAGAUCUUGGAUUAUGUUGCAAGAACCAGAUCGAACAAGACCAACAGCUCUGUUUUCUGUCAUGUGUUACAACGUCCUCUGUGAUAAAUAUGCUACUCGGCAGCUAUAUGGUUAUUGUCCAUCAUGGGCACUGAACUGGGAAUACCGGAAAAAAGCUAUUAUGCAGGAAAUCCUAAGCUGUAAUGCUGACAUUAUAAGUCUUCAGGAGGUUGAAACUGAGCAGUACUACAAUUUUUUCCUAGCAGAGUUGAAAGAGCGCGGAUACCACGGGUUCUUUAGUCCAAAAUCAAGAGCUAGGACAAUGUCAGAACAAGAAAGAAAGCAUGUUGAUGGCUGUGCAAUAUUUUUCAAGACAGAAAAGUUCAGCUUGGUUCAAAAGCAUACUGUUGAAUUUAAUCAACUUGCUAUGGCAAACUCAGAAGGAUCUGAAGCAAUGCUGAACAGAGUGAUGACAAAAGAUAAUAUUGGAGUUGCUGUUUUGUUAGAAUUACGAAAGGAAUUAAUAGAAAUAUCAUCCGGCAAGGCGCACCCUGGAAUGGAUAAGCAGUUAGUUUUGGUAGCAAAUGCACAUAUGCACUGGGACCCAGAGUAUUCAGAUGUGAAGCUGGUUCAGACCAUGAUGUUCCUUUCUGAGGUAAAGAACAUAAUUGACAAAGCAUCUCGGAAUCUUAAGCCCAGUCCUUCAGGAGAACACACAGCUAUUCCACUUGUACUGUGUGCAGAUCUGAAUUCUCUGCCAGAUUCUGGUGUAGUUGAAUAUUUGAGCACAGGUGGCGUGGAAACAAACCAUAAAGAUUUUAAGGAACUGAGAUACAAUGAAAGCCUCACUAACUUCAGUUGUAAUGGGAAAAAUGGAACCACCAAUGGGAGGAUUACUCAUGGUUUCAAAUUGAAGAGUGCCUAUGAGAAUGGUCUAAUGCCUUAUACAAAUUAUACAUUUGAUUUCAAGGGUAUUAUUGACUACAUCUUCUACUCUAAACCUCAGCUGAAUAUUCUUGGCAUCCUGGGACCUUUGGAUCCUCACUGGCUAAUAGAGAACAAUAUAAGCGGCUGUCCCCACCCGCUCAUUCCUUCUGACCACUUCUCACUUUUUGCACAACUGGAGCUGGUAUUGCCUUUCCUGCCACCGGUAAAUGGAAUCCAUUUGCCCAGCAGGAGGUAGUCAAGUACAUUUUAGAGGAUAACCUCAGUAUAAUUUGUAAAAUUGUAAAAUCUGAAUAUAAAGGAGUGAGGUAUGGCCAACAGGGAUCUUUCUUAAUGAUCUUCAUUUUAAAUCUAAUUAUUUGAUAAAGAAAUAGUAAAAGCCAGGUGCUAUCAGACACACAAUUCUGAGCCCAACAUGCUUUAUAUACUGUUAGACAGGGAUUGGUGCUUUUGCACCCUUCUUAGAUUUGUUACAAGUAAUCUGUUCUAUCCAAUGUAAUAUUUCAUGCCUUGAAAAUAGGGAAUUGCUAUAAUAAAUUCUCUUUUGCACAGAUACCUGUAGCACUACUUUUUUGAGGCCAGUAGUAAAACAUCAAAAGACCAUUCUUCCAUACUUCACUCCCUUCUUUUUCAGACUUGUUUGUUUGUAAAAUAUAGAAUUUGAAUUUAGCCUUUAUUGAUUGUAUAUGAACAACAGAAAACCUGAUUUAUGAGAUUUUGUACUUUAAAAAAAAUCAGAUUUGGAAAAUGAUUGUAUUGUAAACUAAGGCUAAAUUUUUAUCUGUUUCAUGUGUUAUAAAGGCCAGCUUGUAAAAGAAGUUGCACCAGGCUUUCUCUGCUAAUGAUUUGCACUGUUAGGGUUUUUAGCCCUUAUGUACUACUUCAUUUUUUAAAAAACUGAGAACACUGCUUUGAAAUCUGAAUUUGAUAAAAUCAUAGCAAAUUCCUUCAAGCUAAUAACAUACAUGCAUUUCUUUCUUUCUACUGAAAUCGAGGUCAUCAGCUUGUCUUAGAACAUGUAAGCUAAACAGUGACUGAGUUGGGCUGUUGUAGAUAGCCUUUGUCAAGAUGGUCAGUCUAACCGUUUUGUGUCAGAAGUUGACCUUCAGAAUAACUGUGUACAGCUUUUCAGUUUCUGUGUCAAGUCACCCAUUUCCUAUCUCCACUGUGCCUGCUUGAUUUUGUUCUCAAAUAGCACUGCCUGUGCAUGCAGAGAGAACCUGUGCAUCCUCUUUUAUUUUUUUAAAAUAAUGUUAACAUUUUGUGAAAAUUUUAUGAAGAUACUUUUGUAUAAGCUGUGGCAUCUAUUUUUUUUCCUUCGUGAAACGUUGAAUAUCACUUUUUGAACAUGUUCAGAUUGUGGGUACACAAAUUCUAAGCUUCUUAAUACCCAUGCACUGCUUCUUUCAGUGUCAUUGCACAAAGCUGUGUGUGUUCGUUUCUCUCUUCCUUCUCCCCACCUCCCCACCCCGCUCGCUGAAUACUAUCAUGUGAAUUCCUUUUCAAUUUCAGCCUGUUCAUUCCUCAGUCAUCAUUCCUUGGAGAUAAAGUGUACCGUCUUUGUUUUAUGAAGCAGUGUAACUAGAGAUGCAUUUUCAGUACAGGUCCCCUAGACAACACUUCAGAUCGAUCAUUAAAGUGACCAAGUUCUAGUCUGUGAAGUGUCAACAAAACAUAGGUUGUAGUGUACUCUUAGUGUGCCAUUAGUAUUUGAAAGCCAAGUACACUAUAAUAUACACAGGUAAAGCAGAUAUAUUCUAAAAGGGAAAUUCAAUCUAAUCCUUAGUAAAUCUCUUCAGUAAUAAAUCCGUUUCAUAUUGAGAGAGGGAACUUG